CCGUUGCAGCGCCUGGUUCGGCGGUGGAGCCCAGGGAUGAAGCAGCUGUGCUGUUCAGGGCGUGUGCUGUGGCUUGGACUCGUACUGGCUGCUUUCUCCCAGGAGCAAGAGAGCAAACCUAGGAGGCUGUGCGGCAGGCACCUGCUGGUAGAAAUUACAAAACUGUGUGGCCAAACUGACUGGAGCCAGUUCGAGUUGGACGACCAAAGUCCUCUGACCCAUCUCUCUCACCACUUCUUACAGACUGAAGUCAAAACCUUCAGCCCUGACCAAAUCCCUUCUUCAGCCUGGGGAAGAUUCACAAACCCAGUCCCCAUAUCUGCCUCUCAGGAGAAAGCAAUAAACACUUGGGAACCCCAGCUCUCGCCUGACUAUCAGUUUGAAAAGUCCAGCUUGCUUCCUGAGAAGACAGGAGUGUUUGCAUCUCGCGAUGUGCAUCCCAAUGUUGAGCGUGUGAGACUUCAGGAGAAAGGAACAGACAAAAUCAGCGCCUUCAGCCGUUUAUUUUGGGGGAUCCACCCCCAGCGGAAACGCAGAGGUUUCUCAGAUAAAUGCUGUCUUAAAGGGUGCACAAAGGAAGAGCUGGCUGUCGCAUGUCUCCCUGACAUGGAACUACAAGCCCUGACACAGCAGCACAGAAGCAAGAAAAAAAGGUAUUUAUUCAACUUUCUGAGCAUUUUCAUUUGUAUCAUGAAGUUAUAAUAGAUCAACUAUGGAAAAAUUAGAAAACAUUAAUAAACACCAGCCCUUGUGUAAAUCACACAAGAUGCCAAAGUAUUGUACACUCCACGUGGUAAAAACUGUACAUGUAUGUUGUGUGAAUCUCUAACACUGCAAAAUUUACAUUAUAAUUGUUUCAUUUUUCAAAACGCUGAGUUGAAAAUGUCUAUUCUCCUCCUGUGCCGGAGGAGGAGAUGUGACGACCGUGCCGUGAGCUCCAUGCAGCUCUUUACAAGCUUCUUGCAAGACUGUUUAGCAGUGUCUUUUACAGA